AGAGAGAGAGAGAGAGGAAGAGAGGAGCAGCACAGGGAGAGAGAGAGAGAGAGAGAGAGAGAGACAGGGGGGAGUUCGUUAAUUCCGUUAAGGUCAAGGGAGGGAGGGAGGGUUGGGUUUCCCCCCAUUGUGAUGAAUGUGAACGCGGCGGGGGGGAGGAGGAUGGUGACGGACCAGGAGAUAGCGCGCGGGGUGGAGACGGUGCUCCGGCAGUCGGACCCCAACUCCGUCACCACCAUCAACGGCGUCGUCCAGCAGCUGGAGGCCAAGCUCGGCCUCGACCUCUCCCACAAGGCCCCCUUCAUCCGCGACCAGAUCGCCCUCCUCCUCCGCUCCCACCCCCUCCACCCCCGCAAAGACCCUUUUGCCCCUCCCCACCACCACCCCCACCACCCCCACCAGCAGCAGCAGCAGCAGCAGCCGCAGCCGCAGCCCCCCUCCUCCUUCCUUCCCCAGCACCACCACCACCACCAGCAGCAGCCCCACCACCAGCAGCCGCAGCCCCAGCAGCAGCAGCACCAGCAGCAGCUCUUCCCCCCUUCCCAUUUUGCCCUCCAGCCCCCGCAGGAUCUCAAUUUCCGCCCCGCUCAUGCCCCGCCCCCGGCCCCGGCGCCACCCCGCAUGGCUCAGCCGCAGCCGCAGCAGCAGCAGCAGGCGCUCCCUCCCCCGGCCGCCGCCGCCGCCGCGAAGGCCGCUCAGAGCGCGGCUCCCGCGGCCUCGGACAGCGCGAAAGAAAGUGCUCCAGCUGGCGCAAAAAGAAGAGGUGGUGCAGGGGGUCUGAACAAAGUAUGUGGGGUUUCGUCAGAGCUUCAGGCCGUCGUCGGCGAGCCAGCAUUACCUCGGACCGAGAUCGUGAAGCAGCUUUGGGCAUACAUAAGAAAGAAUAACCUCCAAGAUCCAAGUAACAAGAGAAAGAUAAUCUGUGACGAUGCCCUGCGUUUGGUAUUCGAAACAGAUUGCACUGACAUGUUCAAGAUGAACAAGUUACUUUCUAAACACAUUAUUCCCCUUCAACCUACAAAGGAGUCAGGUCAAGCGAAAAGAUUGAAGGUCAGUGCUGAGUCCCGCAAUAUUGGUUCUCAACCUGGUCCAUCUCCUGUAAUAAUAUCUGAAGCGCUUGCCAAGUUUUUGGGAACUGGAGAAAGGGAAAUGCUCCCGUCAGAAGCUCAUGGACGUGUUUGGGAGUACAUUAAGAUCCAUCAACUGGAGGAUCCUUUAAAUCCCAUGGGGAUACAUUGUGAUGCCAGGCUUCGGGAGCUUCUUGGCUGUGAAGGCAUAUCUGCAUUGGGAGUACCCGAGAUGCUAGAACGCCAUCACUUAUUUAAGCGAUCAUGAUAGUGCCAGCUGGUGCACUGAACCUUUACCACCUGCCUGCCUGGGAUGGUAGAAAUGUUAGUUGAGCAGCUUCUGUUUAAGUCCUCUCUUAGGUCUUUUGUGCAUUAACAAGGUUAGGUCAUCUGAUGUUUCAUAUCUGAUGUUUCAUACUUUUGUCCUAGACCAGAUGAAGAUAUGUAGCAUGGGCUAAUUGCAAGUAGUAUCUGGUAGAAAUGCUUUUGUUCUGAUUUUAGGCUUACAUGCCUCUGUUUUAUUGCUAAUUUUCAUUCUGAUUUCCUGA